UUGUGGAAAUUAAUAAACUACUAAUGAAGGUUUAACUCUACACGGCAAAUAAUGCUGUUGGGGAUAUCAGAUACCCGGAUGAUAUAAUAUUUUAAAUUAACAACCAACCUUGAGGGGAAUGCACCACCACCAUCUGUUGAUGGAGGUAAUUUUCAUCUAGGGAGAUCAUUUAUAUAAAGUUCACCAAAAGUAUCAUUUCUGAAAACACCAACAAUCUGACUUCUAAGGGGAUCGACUCAAGAAUUCAGAAUUUUGAUUUGAUUGUUGGAAACUUGAUAGGAGAUCGAAAAUGUCGUUUCGAGUAAUGGAGAGUUCUAAUGCGAAUGUCUUAAAUGUUAAGAAAGGAGAACCAACAAUGGUUGUUCCCGCAGAGGAAACAUCUAAAGGUUUAUAUUUUCUGUCGAACCUUGACCAAACAAAUCCAUGGACGGUUCAAACGAUAUACUUGUUCAAGGCAUCCGAGGAGAAGGGAAAUGAAUUAGCUGCUGCAACCAUUAAGGAUGCUUUGUCAAAGGUUCUUGUUUACUACUAUCCACUCGCUGGGCGCUUAACAAAGGGUGAAGACGGCGACACCAGGUUGUAUGUUGAUUGCACAGGAGAAGGUGUCGUCUUUGUUGAAGCUGAAACUGAUACUACCAUCGAAGAAAUCAAAGACAUCACUAAACUCGAUGAAGAGACUCGCGCGAAACUAGUUUUUGACAUUCAGGGUUCAACCAAUGUUACUGGAAAUCCUUUCAUUGUGGCUCAGGUGACAAAGUUUAAAUGCGGAGGAUUUGUUCUUGGGCUAUGCAUGAACCACAUUAUGUUUGAUGGGGUUGGAGCAAUGGAGUUUGUGAACUCAUGGGGUGAAGUUGCAAGAGGUUUUCCAUUAUCCACACCGCCGAUCCUAGAUCGAACCAUACUAAAAGCACGAAACCCACCUAAGAUUGAAUUCCACCAUAUCGAAUACGACGUAAUCGAAGACAUAUCAAACACCAAUGCUCUGUUCGAAGAAGAAGAAAUGGUUUAUGGUUCUUUCCUUUUCGACGCCGAAAAGCUAGAAAAGCUUAAGAGAAUAGCCAUGGAAGACGGAGUCCUUGACAAGUGCACAACUUUUGAAGCGCUCUCUGCUUUAGUAUGGCGAGCAAAAGCACGAGCACUAAAAUUAGUACAAGAACAAGAUACAAAGCUGCUCUUUGUUGUUGAUGGAAGAGCAAGAAUCGAUCCACCGUUACCAAAAGGAUACUUCGGUAAUGCAGUUACGGUCACAACUUGUCAGAGUAAUUCACAGGAGCUGCUAGACAAGCCUAUUUCAUACGCAAUUGGGUUAGUUCAAAAGUCAAUUAAGUCCGUUACAAAUUCUUACCUCCGAUCUGGUAUUGAUCACUAUGAGCUAAAUAGAAGUAUGGCUUCUAUAGAAUCUACUGUUAUGAUAGGCCCUUGGAUUAGACUGUCUUUCAGCUCAGCAGAUUUCGGUUGGGGGGAGCCGAUUGCUUCAGGGCCUGUGUCUCUUCUCUUGAAAGAAGCCAUUUUGUUCUUAUCUCUUGGGGAUGAUAGCAAAACCAUAAAUGUGGUUUUGGGUUUCCCUGUUUCUUCCAUGAAGAUCUUCCAAGAAAUGAUGGAAAUGUAGAUCACAUAUUUUGGCCAUACUGCAUCCUUUGUAAUUUUUCAUUGUCUAUUUCUGUUAUGCAUCAAAUUCUAAUUUGCAGAAAUUGUGUAUAAUAUAAUUUUUUAAUAUAUUACAACCUUUAUAAU